UUCCUGGUGUAUAAUUAAUACACUUCACAUCCUUGAUUGAACAGUUCAGAUCCGCUACAUGCCUACAUCCGACUGUUGCAACACCGCUUUUGCAAUUUUCAGAGAGCUCACCAAGCUCUAUAACUUGUUCUUCUCCCUACAACCGAUUUUCACUUAUUCUAGAAGAUAUCUCUUUGGCUCCUCGAUCGUGCUAACAAGAUGCCUGGACCGCCCUUCAAACUUGUGUACUGUUAUUUCCGGUACGAUGCUGACGAAUUCAUUGACAACAACAGGCCAGGCUGGAGCGAAGAUGAGAAAAAGAACACAAUUUCUACGAUAUGGGCAGGAGAUGCAGCAGUAAAACUGCAUUAUGCUAGGAGUAAAAAUAGAGUAACCAGCCCUGGACUUCCGAUUCCGAACCCAAUACCCGAUACUCCAUUCUCGGAAACUCAAGCGGCUGAAGCAAGACGUACGAAAACUAUGCCAACGCAGCCAGUGGCACCAGUGCAGGCUGAUCUAGCAGUCCAGAAUCCUAUACUUAGCCAGGAGCCUGGAGGAGCAACUGGUCAACAAGUUGGAGAUAGCGGGCCAAUAAUUCCACCCUUAGCGCCACAGAACCAAAGCUUUGGCGUACAAGUUGAAGCGAACGUUAAUAUGUUGCCAUACAACUUUUGGCCGCAGCUCCCGUGGCCGAGCGAGCCUGAGUUACCAGGGAUCGACCUACGUACUAUAAGAAGUGCGCCAGAUUCGUGGCUAUCUACCAACACGUAUUUGUCUUCUAUCGAUGACGAGACCAUGUGGCUUGGAGCCAAAUUACUCGGUAGAGGCGGUUAUGGGGCCGCUGGACUAUGGAUAGAAUCAAAUGAUCUGAAGUUAAUCACAGAUAGGAUGGUUAUCAAAGAGACCAGCACUUUCAGAGCAAGCCAGUGGCGAGAUCCAAAGCAUUGGCGUGACAGACUACCACAAGAGAUCCGUAUUCACCAACUCAUUGAAGAGCGUCGGAAGGUUAACCCAGAGAUGUGUCGUAGUCUUGUCCGUUUUCGUAAUCAUCGACUGCUUAUGAGGCAAAGGAAGUACAGGCUAUACCUAGACUUCUAUGAUAGCGGUGACCUUUGGCACGCCAUGGCCGGCCACGAGGAUAAUUGGUCCCAAGACGAAGAUAACCGUAAUCCCGAGAGCUUCCUUCCGCAAGCUUUCGUUUGGUUUGUCCUAGGAUCUCUUGCUGCGGCUUGCUUGGUUCUUCGAAACGGUACCACGGCAGAAGUACCUAUUGAUGGGUGGAGACCAAUCACGCACCUGGAUCUGCAACUACCGAACGUUCUCUUGGAUACUGGGAAUGGAGAGGCGCCCAUAUCGAUAGAACAAGUACAUGGCGAAGUUGCACAGGAGACGGGGAAGGAACCCAAGAUAUCGCUAAAGGCCGUCUUCCCCGUUUUGAGCGACUUUGGUAUGUCGUUUUUCAGUCUUGACAACAACGGCUGCCCGCUGUCCGAUAACCCAGAAGACUACAUUGUCAACCAUAUUGCAACUAGGUACCCGCCUGAAUAUCAAUAUCAAACGGGACCCCCUUUUACCCUGCUCAACGAGAAGACAGACGUGUGGGGAAUCGGUCGCAUAGCAUGGGGCUUGAUAGUGAACAGACAAGAUAAUCAUGGUCCGGUGCGAGAUAUCAAACCCGGCGUACACACCGAGUACGACGGUUUCAUUCCAGUAUCUCUCGACACGCAAGCGAAUAGAAUGAUACACACCGAAUACGCAGUGUUAUCAGGAAAUCAGAACUUCCCAGCGGCGAAUGAAUAUGAACGCCAACUGAAGUACCUAGUGCGAGGUUGUUUGAACUACGAUCAAAAUAACAGACCGACCCUUAGGGCGAUUCUGGAGGCCGCGUCGAUGUCAUUGAGAGGAAACGAUUUAGCAAAAGAUAACCUCGAGGAUAUGGAGGGACUUGGGCUUGAGCUUCCCAUAAAUGAUGAUUUCGCAAUUGGGAAGCCUUUCAAGACGAAGCACAGGUCGUAA